CUUCACGACGACUUGCGCGCCAUACCAGGCAAGAAUGAGAAGGCGACACCACCUCGGGAACACCCCAGCUUGUAGAUACGCUUGCCAUCUGUCCAGUGCUCUUCUGCAAUUGGCAACAUGAGUUCUGCUCCAAGGCGGACAAAUCUGGCAUGCAACUACUGCCGCUACAGAAAACGACGAUGUGAUGGCAGUGUUCCAACCUGCAAAAUGUGCCGAGACAGAGGCCUAGAUUGCGUGUACCAAGACGGCCCAUCCCCGAGAACUGACAGGCGUGAUCUAUCUGAUGCUCGAAUAACCCGCUUAGAUACAAUUGAGGACGUGCUACGACAACACGCUAUGAUCAUCAACUCCCUCCGUCCAAGUCCGCCACGGCCGUCCGUGACGUCCUCCUCCACGCCCACAUUUGCUUAUGAGGACAUACCCGGCAUGAGUACAUCUCAGCCCCAGCAAGAAGUCCAGCAAGAAGAUUCUGGACUCGGUGACCCUACAAACGCAGGGAAUGGCCCACAGGACGAUCCAUCGGCACAAGCAGACCAUCAAGUUCCUCCACUGACAAUCCCUCUUGGUCACCAAACCAGCACAAGCAGCCUUCUUAUGUUACCGCAAAUGCGUACACUGGUGGGUGACUUCCCAGAGGAGUUUCUCUUCUUGGUCGAAGAUAAUCGACCGCAGUCGCUGUGGUUGCAACACAUCAGUUCGAGACGAGGCGACAUGGAGGAGGACUUUCUGCAGAUUGACAGGUCAUUUGCGGACACCUGGUUUGAACGAUACUGGACACUGGUGCAUCCGUAUAGACCUCUCCUUGACCAGGAGGAUAUGUCCUCACAAUAUGAGAGGAUAAUGAACCAAGGGCUCCAGGAGGACUCAUACUCUGCUCUCCUUUUGUGUCUGCUCGCACUGGGGGCUACUGCGUUGGAUCCUAUUGAACCCACCCCCGUCGGACACACCGGCGACGAGCUGAUUAGAAAAGCACUUCGCAUACUUUUCCCGUCCUGGGCUGUGACGUUCAGCGGAGACCUUGUUCUAUCUCAGGCACUCGUUCUCUGCGCUCUUUACUUUUGCUACGUGGUGGAACCAUUGAUGGCCUGGAGGCUUACACAUAUGGCGUCAACAAGUGUCCAGCAAAUGCGCAGAGGACAUUUAUCCCAGAGCACCAAUGAAGGUGUCAUUAGGGUCAGUUGGGCGUGCUUCCUGAUCGAAUGCAAUAUCCUGGCCGAGUUCCAUCUACCUAGAAGUGGCAUCGAGCCCCUGGUUGACAGGUUGCCUUUUCCGACAUACAGUAAAGUCACCGCGUCAGAAAGCUUGUACUCAUUGGCCGACAUAUCAGCAAGGUCCUUGCUUAAUCGGAUCCAUCAUACCGUGUACUUCACUGACAGCCUCUCCCUAUACGCCGGUCGGUCUCAGAGCUCGUGUGGAAUCCUCUCGUCUGACCCCGAUGCGUCGUUGUUAAGAGUGUGCGAGGAACUCGACCGUCAGCUCGAAACAUGGUACGAAUCACUACCCGAGGCCAUUAAACCGGAUCUUUUCGGCAGGCCAAGGGGCAGUGACCCAACUUGUGUUCUGCGUCUGAGAUAUUGGUCUGCCAAACACAACAUCUAUCGACCAUUUGUAGUCUACGUGACCUCACGUGCUGCAGAACGAGAGGGAAGCAUACCGGCAAUAGCUCUUGAGCGUUGCCAGAUUUGCCUGUCUGCUAGCCGGAUCUUUCUUCUGACUGCUGGUCAUGUUCUGUCGCAGAGGUCCCCAUACACUUUUAGUACAGCACAGUGCUGUGUAGGCUAUGCGCUUAUCAUCGCGCUCGCUGCCCAGACUCCUGCACUGGCCGACUCCGUUGACGACGUUUCACAGCUGCUGGAGACGGCUGUUGGGCUUCUGAGACCAUGGGCACUACCUGGAUCGAGCAUUGAAUGCGGCCUUGAAAUCUCCCUCAUGGCUGUCACUCGGUUGCUAAAAAUGAAGCAUAGGUUUUUUACAAUAUUGAAGAUUCAAUGCAAGAGCGAGAGACUUGAAGUCAACAUGAACAGCUGCAUGCAGAGUGCAAGCCACUGACGGGCUGAUGGAGAUCAUUAUAAGAUCGCCCCUUUUAAAGCACUCUCUCCACGCAACGUCCGACCUCAGUCUCUGUCCUUACUAGCCUCUGGCCGCCAUAACCCUUUCAAUAGCCACCUUAGCCUUUUCUUCGGCCCCGAGGAAAAAUCUACAGGCAUCUGCGAACCUUCUAUUCAGCACCGCAUUCUCUGCGAUGAACUGGUCAAGCUUUUUCCCGCCAUCCACCACGAAGUCUGUGUCCAUCGUGGCUUGCACUCCAUUCCAGUCGGGUCCGGAAAGCGGGUCCAGGGUCUCCAGUGUCUUCAGACGCUCCGCAACGGCGAAUUCAGCAUACGGAUGCUUGGGCUUCUUGUUGAGCACCGGAGGAAGGGUGUCCAGUGUCUCCAUGAGCUUCUUGAGAUUGGGGCCCUGAACGGUGACAUGUUGACAACCCAAUUCGGCCAUCGCAAGAACCUCGGUGAUGUUGAAAUGGCUGUGGCAAGCAGCAAGUGUCAGCAGCAGCUCUGCAGCAAUCCGAGCAGCGCUCUCUGGCGCACGACUUACCUCGCAAUGACCAUAAUCGGUUGCUCCUUUCCAGUCUGCCCAUAAGCUUGGGCAAAUGUCUUCAGUAUGUGUAUUACGCGGGCUGACAUGGGAUGCUAGAGGGACUGUCAGCUUGUUGCACCGAUG